AUGGCGUCUGGAGACUCUUCUGAUAAAUCAGGCAAGAAGCCAGCCAACUCUAAGAAGUCAAAAGACGAUAAAAAACGAUCUUCAAAGUCUUCGAAAGAUAAAUCCUCUGAUAGCAAGAAGGACAACACAUCAGGCCAGGGUCAAGACAGUGGCUCCGGAGCCUAUGUUUCGCCGCCUGACUUUUUCUCCUUCAACGACCCUGGAGACGACUUCUCUGUGAACUAAGUGUAACACUACCUACACUCAACAGUUGGAGCUUGUAUGAUUAGGGAUGUGACAGAUAUGGAAAGCGCAAUGCUAGGCUAUCAUAAGUAGCCGCAUCGGUUUGGCAACAAGGGGCUUGGUUUAGACUGGCUUGAAUUCU